AUAUACUUGCUUAUAGCAUCUUUAAUAUGGAUGAUUUAUUUUGGUGCAACACAAACAGACGAAGAUCGACAGCCUGUUUUGAUCGCCAUUGCCUGUUUUAGGGCGAUCUUUUUGCUUUACUCGCCUUUGUACAGUCAUCACUCUACAAACAUUUACCGUUCAUUGCUCCGUUGUUUCUCUCAAUUUUAAUAGUAACAGCUGACUUGCUUUUUUUUUUGCGAAGCGUUGAAGAAUUUUCAGGGCCGCUCACUUCGCAAUGUGUUCUUCCUUCAUCCUAAUCAUUUACACUGUAUUACAUUCCAUACCGUUAUUCGUCUCAAUGAUUGUUUUGACAUUAUUCUCUAUAGUCCACGAAAUUUUGUAUGCGUAUGAACUCGGAUUGUACGAAGAUGCGACAAAAAUUGUAUGCACUGCAGUACUGCAUUUAGUUGUUCACAUCAUUGCCAUUCAAAUAAGUUUUAUGGCUCAAGUUCGGGACCGUAGUACCUUCUGGAAAUUUGGACAACGUUUGCUAGCCAAACGUGAGGCAGAAAUAGAAAAAUCUGCCAAAGAUUCUAUGAUACGCUCCGUAAUGCCGGAGACGAUUGCGGAAGAAAUUGUUACCAAUAAUUUUCGAAAGAAAGAGUUGACUUUUCGUCCAUUUCGAAUGCAUCGUAUGGAAGACGUCAGUAUACUGUUUGCUGAUAUCGUUGGAUUCACUCAAAUGUCUUCAAACAAAACUGCUGAGCAACUAGUUGGCCUUCUUAGUGAUCUAUUUGGCCGAUUUGAUCAACUUACGGCUGAAAAUCAAUGUGAGAAAAUCAGUACACUUGGCGAUGCAUAUUAUUGUGUUGCAGGCUGCCCAGAACCAAUACCCGAGCAUGCAUUUUGCUGUGUGGAUAUGGGAUUAGCUAUGGUAAAAACCAUAAAGGAAUUUGAUGAAGAAAACAAUGAAGAAGUUGGUAUGCGUGUUGGUAUUCACACUGGUACAGUUUUAUGUGGAAUCAUUGGUAACAAAAGGUUUAAAUUUGAUGUUUGGUCCAAUGAUGUAACUUUGGCUAACAAAAUGGAGACAGCUGGUGUCCCUGGUAAAGUGCACAUAACUCAAGCCACAAAAGAUUUUCUUGAUGAUUCUUACAUUUACGAAGAUGGUAAUGGAAGCAGUCGUCAUGCUGCCCUCGAAGGCAUAACAACAUACUUGAUUCUUGGCAAGAAGAAAAAACAUGAGAAGAAGAAUUCAAGUCGUCAUCAUAAGUCUGACAAAAAGGCAGAUGAGUCCGUUAAGAAAGUGUCAAUUCGUAUUGACAAAAAUGAUGUUAUGCCUUCAAGUGAUCAAUCUAAUUCUUUGUCAGUUCAAGUGCAACCAGAAAAUAAAAGUCCUAGAGGCAGCUUAAAACAUCAACAUCAAGUUGAAGAAAUAUUGGAUUCAGAUAUUCUCAAUUCAUCUUAUACAUCAGAGGAAGAGUAUGCAUAUUAUAAUGGUCGACGACCAUCACAAGUACUUGGUGGUACUAUUAAUGAAGCUAUUGCUCGAUUCAGACUCAAAACAUCCAAUGACAGGGAACUUGUGGCCUUGAUUAGAGAUAAUGAGAAUUCCUUUGCAAAUCCACCAUUAGUAACAGGCUCAUUGUGGUUUCGCGAUAGAAGCUUAGAAAAAUCAUAUCAUAAGGAAGGUCAGGAUACAACACUUUUAAGUCCCACUGUUAGCACAUUUGCCUCACCUAAGGUCAACUUUUUAUUUGAUGUUUUUCUUUCUAAUCUGGUAUAUGUUUGUGUUGUUGUUCUAAGUUUUACAAUGCUCAGCAUGGUUGGUGAUAUUUCCAUUGCAAACUACCUUGUAUUUGUUCUCACAUUUUUCUUGGAAGUAUUCUUCCUUAUUUUUAAUUAUAGCCGCUCCUAUCCCCAGCAUAUGAGUUUGUUUUCUUCAUUUUCAAGACUUCCAGGCUGGCUGUCUAGUCAUAUUUCGGGUUCUUUAUUAAUGUGCUUGCCGGCUAUUACAGUUUUACUCAAUUUCACAGUUUGUGGCAAAAUAAAGAUAAGAGACUUUGUCACUUUUAGUGCAGAUGUUAUGAUAGUCACCCUGAUACAUUUUUGCAACUUUACACAACUGACUUCCGUUGUAAAGUCAGCUUUGGUAGCAGUAUUCGCCAUUAUCUUCAUCAUCAUCCCAACUUCAGUUGGUGAAUGUGACAGUGUUGAGAAACACCUACAGCGUGAUAUGAUUCCAACACUCAUUCUUCUUAUAAUUUUAAUAUUUAUCUUGAAUUAUCGCAAUGACAUUGGUGUGCGAAUGAACUUUCUUGUUGAUGCAGAAGCUGCCAAGGAUAAGGAAAAUGCAAAAAUGAAUAAAGCACAAGCUGACUGGUUGUUAGGAAGCAUUAUCCCUAGGCAUGUAAUUGCCGAGUUGCAGGAGGAAAAACUUUAUUCCAGAAAUUAUGAAAAUGUUGGAGUUAUUUUUGCAUCAAUUGUGAAUUUUGAGGACUUUUAUGAAGAGAAUUUUGAAGGUGGCAAAGAGUGUAUCCGUGUUCUAAACGAAUUGGUUGGUGACUUUGAUGAUUUACUGGAAAAGGUUCAGUUUUCGGAAGUAGAAAAGAUCAAAACUGUAAAUGGCUCAACAUUCAUGGCUGCUUCUGGUCUCAAUAAUUCACAGGGUAAUGGAAAAGGGAAAAAUCACUUAAAACAACUUAUUGAAUUUGCAUUAGCAAUGAUGCAAGAAAUUAGAAAAUUCAAUGAUAAUAUGCUCGGGUUUGAAUUCAUACUGCGAGUUGGAUUUAAUGCUGGUCCAGUAACAGCUGGUGUAAUUGGAACUAACAAAUUGUUUUAUGACAUUUGGGGUGACACUGUGAAUAUUGCUAGUCGAAUGGACUCAACUGGAGUUGACGGACGGGUGCAAGUCAGCGAAGCAUCAAAAAAUCUUCUUGAAGAAUUCUUCACCUUUGAAGAACGUGGUGAGAUUCCUGUGAAAGGCAAAGGCAAAAUAAAAACGUUUCUUCUCGUGUGUCCUAGCCAUGAUUCUCUACAUAUUGAGGUCAAAGAUUAAGGAAAGCUAGCGUCGUUGUGAUGAACUAGAAUUAAAUUUUGAUGCUUUGACAUAAAUCAGAAUCAGCUAAAAGGCCAUUCGAAAGCUUCGAUAUUUUAGGAAAUGUUAGGAAAAAAGAAAUUCUUAUGUAAUUGCCAGGCUAUAAUAGAAAUGGUCUUGUGCAGCAUGUACACGAUAAUCUUUUUAUUAUUUUAAUGAACAUUCUUAUCCUUGAGAAUAUUAAUGACGAUUCUGGAGAAUUUCGUCGUAAGAUGUAAUGCAAUUAAAACACUUUACUAUUUUAUGUGUGUAGCUUUAAUGACAUAUCUAAAUGUAUUUUUUAUUCUUGCGAAAGUAUAUCUUUCAAAAUAAAGGUCUUCCCUUUUUGA